AUGAGGGUGCUGGCAGUACUAUGGACGGUAUGUUUGGUAAGAUUCUGCAGCGCAGCAUGUUGGUCUUGCUUUGGAGGAAGUAAAACGGAUAAAGACAAAAUUCCAUCUGACAAACAUACUCCCUCGGCUUCCAAGGUCGAUUCUACUCUAUUUGAUGUGAGUGAAUCUAACUCUGACGGAGUGCCACUUUUGACAUGCACGCCAAAGCCUAAUAUUGUAGUCACAGAAUUCAAGUAUGGUGACGAAACCAUAUGGAGCGGAAACAAAAGCGUACUGUUCUUAUCGGCUCUAAUCUACUUUGAUGAAGACAAGCCAUAUAUUGUAACAUUGCAGUAUUGGGACAAGGACAAGUAUCACACACUCUUCCUCCACUAUAACGGUGAUGAAUGGGAAGAUAACCAGGAAGAAUAUGCAAAGAAGCUUAACAUAUUGAAGGGAGUUCCUCCUCCAGCUACUCAAUCAACUGGAAAGACUAGUGUCCUUGACCUCUUGAAUCCAGAUGUAGAAUCAGUACAUGUUGGUGGUGGCGAUGAGGACGGACUGGCUAAAAGGGUCUUUACUCCAAAUAGUGGUCAUCAUAUAUCCUCUGUUGUAGACUCUGGAGCUACUCUAUGGAAGGCUAAAAGAGAUGGUGAGAAGUGUACUCUUGUAGAAUCUUAUAGCAAGGGGGAGUCAAUGCUGGCUUAUUUAAAGCUUGAGAGUGCCACUGGACUAGAUUUAAAGUAUCUUGAAAGAGUAAAUGGAGAAUGGAAGGAAGUCACUAUUACAGAGUUUUACCACAGGCUGGAAGAGAUGAGAAAGAAGAAAGAGAAAUCCAUAAAUAAAGAUAUGGAAAAACAUUUGCAACGUGCCAAGAAGAGGCUAGAGGAGAAUAAAAAAGUUACCACUAAAUCUCCUACUCCCAUUACCCUUGAUCUUUCUAAUCCUGAUGACUCUAAGGUGAAUGUAUAUAAAGAGGAGGAUGAGGGAGUAAAGUUUGAAGAUUAUAGUCCAAAGGAAGGUCAUCAUAUAUCCUCUGUGGUUGAUGCUGGCAAGGAGUUAUGGAAGGCUGAAGCUGGUCAAAAGUGUUUCCUUACCAAAUCCUACACAAAAGAUGAUAUAUCGUUCCUUGUCAUAGUUAUUAAUGGCAGUGACUAUGGAUUAGAUUUAAGGUACUUUGAAAAGACUGGUGGAGCAUGGAGACCCAUUGAGAAGGAUGAUUUUUUAAAGAAACUCAAUGGAAUGAGUGGACAUAAUCCUACUACUCCUAUAGCCUUAGACCUUACCGAUCCUGAUGAGUCCAAGAUAAAUAUGGACAUAAAAGAUAGCAAUGGAGUAAGUUACAGAGGAUUUAUGCCAAAGCCUGGUUCUAAAAUAACCUCAGUUAUGGAUAAUGGAGCUCUGGUUUGGAGAGCAUCUGGAGAUGAAAAGUGUACAGGAGGGAAUAUCUAUGGAAAGGGUGGCUCCUUACUUCUAGAUGUUAGUACUAUAGGUGAAGACAAAUUCAAUGUCAAGUACUUUGAGAAGAAGACUAAUGGACAAUGGAUAUCUAUUGCACUGGAUGACUUUUUAAAUAAGUUUGAUGAAAUGAGUGAACCUAGAUUAUCAUCCUCUAACCCUUCUUCUUCACAUCCAUCUAAGGCUUCUAAAUAG